AUGGGCAUUUCACGGUCCAAGCUCUGCACCUCUGUUUUCCCCUUCCUCGGUAUCAUCUUGGGCAUGAGGGUGUACCCCUUGGGGAACAUAGACUUGCCGGUCAUGUUCGGUAACUGCGGCAACUUCCGCACCGAGACCCUGAUCUUAGAGGUGGUGGACUUUAAGGGAUCCUCAGUGAUCUUUGUCUCUAAUUUUGGCAGCUCGCAGGAGAAAUUUGGCUGGAGGAACGAAGGCAGCGUGCACGCCUCAGAAGCAUCAACUCCAGCUAAAAUUGCAGGAAACCCAAGAUGGGAUUCUUACUUUAAGGAUUGUAUUGGAGCAAUAGAUGGCACACACGUGCGGGCCUCUGUUCCUAAACACAAGGAGGCUUCCUUUCGUGGUAGAAAGAGUUAUCCUACUCAAAAUGUCAUGGCAGCUGUAGAUUUUAAUCUUCGAUUCACAUUUGUGUUGGCCGGUUGGGAGGGGACAGCCUAUGAUGCUCUAGUCUUACGGGAUGCUUUAGAGAGGGAAAAUGGUCUUCGUGUUCCACAAGGCAAGUUCUACCUAGUUGAUGCCGGAUAUGGAGCCAAACCUGGAUUUCUGCCCCCUUUUCAUGGUGUUCGGUACCACUUGAACGAGUGGGGCAACAAUCCUGUGCAAAAUGAGAAGGAAUUAUUCAAUCAUAGGCACUCAUCGUUGAGAGUCACUGUUGAGCGGGCAUUUGGUUCGUUGAAGAGGAGAUUUAAAAUUCUUGAUGAUGCUACACCAUUCUUUCCCUUCUCUACACAAGUAGAAAUUGUGGUUGCUUGUUGUAUUAUUCACAACUGGGUUAUACAAGAUGGAGGUGAUGACUUUAUCAUUGAUGCGAGUGAGGAAUUGGCUACCAUUAAUCAUCAUACAUCUUCUCAUGGACAAGCAGCAGAGCAUGCCUUUAUGGUUAACUUCAAGCAGGAACUUGCAAAUGCCAUGUGGGAAGACUAUCAUGCAAACAAUAUAUGA